CUCGCUCUCUUCCAUUUCAUAAGCCAUAUCCCCGUGUUUCCGCGAUCCUCAAGACUCACUAUCUCCACCGGCCAUCUCCGGCCAACAUCACUUGCGGCGGCGGCGCCACCGCCGGAACCACAUCGCCGGACGACAUUGCCGAUCUCAUCCUCCGGCAGAAAUCCGCUGCACUGUCCCUAAGCACCUUUCGGUGGGCCCUUCGCCUCCCUUCCUUCACCCCUACACCCUCUGUCUACCAAGCCCUGAUCCGCUCCCUUCUCUCCUUCCGCCGCCUCGACACCGCACUCCAAGUUCUCUCCGACCUUCCCUCCCCACCCGACGAAGCUACCCUCGUCGCUCUGUUUCGAGCGCUAGGCCGCGCUGGCAUGACUCAUCGCGCUCUCCAACUGUUCGACGAAUUGCCUGAGCGGUUCAACUUACCUAAUCCACCUUCCCUCAAGGUCCUCAACUGUAUUCUCGAUCUCCUCGUCAAGGAAAACAUUGAUCGAAGCAGACAUUUCUUUCGGAAGAAAAUGAAUGGCCAAGGAGAUGAUCGCACUUUUGGCAUUCUUAUGAAGGGCCUCUGCCGUACCAAUCGCAUUGCCGAAGGAUUCAAGCUGCUCGCGUUAAUGAAAACGAUUAGUUUGAAGCCUAACCCGGUGAUCUACAAUACCCUUAUCCAUGCGCUCUGUAGGAACGGGAAGGUUGGGAGGGCUCGAAGCUUGAUGGCUGAGAUGAACAACCCAAGCGAUGUCACCUUCAAUAUUUUAAUCUCGGCUUAUUGUAGAGAGGGUAGUUUGGUGCAGGCGCUGGUUAUGUUGGAAAAAAGUUUUGAUUUUGGGUUUGUUCCUGAUGCCAUUGCAGUGACUAAGAUUGUUGAACUGCUUUGUGGCCAUGAUAGGGCUAUGGAAGCAGUGGAAGUUCUUGAUAGAGUGGAAAAGAGGGGAGGCCUUGUUGAUGCGGUAGCUUAUAAUACAUUGAUCAAAGGGUUCUGUGAAGUGGCAAAGCCAGAGGUUGGGAGGAGGGUUAUGAGGGAGAUGGAGAGGAAGGGUUGCCUCCCUAAUGUGCAGACUUACAAUGUGCUCAUUUCAGGCUUCUGUGAAUCAGAGAAAAUGGAUUCCGCAAUUGAUAUUUUUAGAGAGAUGGAGAUGGAUGGCAUUAGUCCAGAUUUCACAGCAUAUGAUGCAUUGAUUAGAGGAUUUUGCUCAGUAGGAAGGGUUGAAGAUGGAGUAAAGUUAUUGAAUUUGAUGGAAGAAAUAGGUGGAGGGACUGUCAAUCACAUUUGCCCUUACAACAAUAUCUUAUAUGGUUACUACAAGGAAGGAAGAAUGGAGGAAGCCAAUGAGUUUCUUCAAACAAGAAUGGGAGGUUCUUUUCCAAGAGCCAAAGAGAAGAGCUUGAGGAUAUUGAACUUUUGUAAUGAUGAUAGGAUUGAAGAAGCUCUGUUGGUUUAUGAGGAGAUGGUCAAGGAAGGAAGUUUUCUUAGCGUUCUGGUUUAUGUUAGUUUGAUCCAAGGGCUGUGCAAACAAGGAGAAGUGAAGAAAGCAUUUGACAUGAUGAAUGUGAUGAUGGAGAAGGGAUUCAUCCCAUUAGCUUCGACUUUCAACUAUUUGAUUUGUUGUUUCUGCAAUGCAGGAAGUUUUGUGAGUGCUUCAAAGCUUCUUAAGGAGAUGGAGAGCAGGAAAUGCUCAUCUGACAGUAGUAGCUACAGUCCUUUAAUAUGUUAUCUUUGCGAGGAUGGAGAGUUUGAGAAGGCUUAUGGCUUUCUCAUGCAAAUGGUUGAAAAGGGCUUGACUCCUGAUUAUUGUAUAUGGAAAUGUUUGGCAAUGGUGAUUGAUCAAUAAUGGGGUGAAAAAUAAUACACAGAAAUAUUUC